UUUAGUUUUGUAAAAAUUUAUAACAAUGCUUGUUCUCGUAUUAAUAUUUAAAUUUUGUGUGUUUUCAACAAAAUCUGAGCAACUUAAAAAUUCCGAUUUAGCAAUUCCAAAAACGGACUGUAUUAGAACUUUGCUCCGUCUUCACAAACAACCACUUUUACCUACAAACUGUUGCCUAACAAAGUUAUGUCCAUACAAGAAUAGUUCUGACGAUAUGAAGUCGAAAUUCUUCCACAAAUUAUGCGACGAGAAAGUUUAUUUGUCGAAAGAACAAUCUCACGGAUGCAUUUUUGAAAAUAAUCUAAACAGACGAGUAAACAACGACACAAAUUCCACGUCCAAUAAAGAAAAGUCAGCUAUCGCAAAUUGCAGUGCAAACUUUCAAACGGCAACAAUAAACGGCGAAACGGCAUUGAUAAAUUCUGGAAUUACGGAGGAAUCCAAAAAGAGAUCAGCGGGAAAAUCUAUUAGCUCCACGUUAGGGUCCCCUUUUGCUCAAGCGGCCAAUUCCCGAAUACGCGAUAAGAAAAUUAGAUUUGAAAAUAUCACAAAGAUAUCUGCAAGAAUCUCUGGUUUGCAAUUCUUAGAUGUCCCCAAGGGAGAGGAAAUGCGCAUCCGUAACCUUAGACUGGAAGGAGAGCACUUAUUAUUCGAAGUCUUCUCUAACUUAAUGGAGUAUCUACAAUUGAGCGAAUUUCCUACAGAUCUUGUCCGCGAUGUCUUCCAGAAGCGGAUCCCGUUUCACCUAGUAGCAUUCCAGCUCCUGAAGCUAGAAUUCGCAACCUUAUUGUGGAUUAUUUUUUGGACAGUGUUGACACUUUGCAUUCCUUUCAUGACUUUAUUUUACUUUUGUUGCACUAAACGCAACAUUCAUCGACUUACCGAAGACGCAUCUGACAUCUCUUUAGAUUUCCGAGACAAAUGUGUAGAGCGAGCUUUAGCAGCUCUUCUCAUUUUCUUUCUAACACUUGAACUUUUCCCGAUCGUUUUAAUUUUUCUGGGAAAUGAACAGAUUUCGAGGCAAAUGUCCCAUUCGGAGAGUACAACUAAUCUGAUUUUCGACGAUUUCGACACUUUUUUGAGAAACACUCACAUGCAGAUGACUUUUGUCGCGACUACUUCUACUGAUGCCGCAAUUGAAGCAGUCAGGAAAGAUUUGGAAGAUUUGGAGGAGUUGUUGGGGCGGAGGUUUCAACAAGAAUUGGCAGUCGAGACGGGGAUCGAUACGGCUCUGGAUACUCUCGAUGAAUUGAUAACCGCCAAUGAUGAAGUUACUUCACUAGUUUCUGCUUUGCUCGAGGAAUGUCAUUUAGCAGAAGUGGCCAAGAAGUUGCUACAAGACCGUUUGAAAGACAUUUCGAGACAAUUAACAAUCACAAGACAACAAUGCCGACCCAAAGAUCGUCUUUUGUGUUACACCUUACAGUAUACAGGCCUUGAUGUCUCGUUCUCUUGCAGCAACUUGACAACAGAUUUAAAAAUCAAACAACUCGAACGCAUGGAAAAAGAGAAGAAGUUUCAGAAAAAUGUGGAAAAUGUUAGGGAUGCUUUUCGACUAGUUCCGCAAAGGGUUUCUACGGAGACAGCUUCCCACGUGGCAGGUGAUACGAAUGAAUCGGGAAUAGUGCACCUGAGGCCUUUUAAUUAUUUAUUCCGAGUGUUGUUAAUCACUAAACAGUUUUAUUUUGCAGAAAUUAAAAGCUUGUUGAGUAAGAGACGCAGUGAAAUCUACAAAUCGACUGAUUCUUUAGACGAGUUAUCAAGAUCCUUGUCAAAUUCGAUUAGAAAUACCCAGCGAGAGACGUUGCGAAUCGUCGAGACGGUUAACAGGUGGGAAUUAUGGCGAUGGUUAUCGGUUUUAGGAAUUUCAACAAUGGUAGCUCUGGUUUGGGGAAUAUUGUUAUGUGGGGCGCCUUGCGGAAACACAACGACUUCCAGAACUAUACCUUUACUAGUAUCAGGUGUUAUCUUCACGACUUUAAUAUGUUUUGUAAUAUGGGGGAUGGGAAUUUCGGCGUUUUUACUGGGGACUCAUGGACAAUGUUUGCUAUGUCACCCUCUCUACGACGAACCUCAAUACAAGACCCUCAGUUUGGUCUUAAACCAAGGAGGAAUCCUCAAAGAGGGCGUUUUCAAAGCUUUGCAACCCAACUAUUCUUUACAUAUCGAAGACGUGCUCAAAAACUGCCAAAGAAACCAGCCCGCCUACAUCACUUUUCACUUACAAAACCAUUUUAACACCAACUCUGUCACAAAUUACAAGUCUUGGGACGACUUCACAAGGGUUAUUUCUAAUUUUACUAUCCCAACUAGCUCGGUGGAAAUUCUAAGUCCUUCGCUUCAAUUAAACCUUCAGUUUCUUGCAUCCAUUUUGUCACUUAAUUUGACUCAAUACCGGACUAAAAUUUCCGGACCGUUGACUAAAAGAGACUUGAAUUCGUUUGCUGAUCAACUAAACACAGUCGCUAGGCAAUUAACGGAUCCGACGAGUUCAAAAAGAAUCGAUAAUUUGGCGUUUACGGUGAGGAAAAUUAUUCAUAAUGAAACGGCACGACUGAAACAAUUGAGAGAUGAGCUUCUUUAUAAAAUAACAGCCCUUGAGAUUCUCAUUCAUCCUUUGAGUCAACAGGCCAACAGGUCUUUGGCACAUUUGAGGGAUAUUCAGCUGUUUAUGGAUACGCAAGGAGCGCUGAUUGCCGAGAGAAUUACAAAGCAAUUUUUGUUACGCUUAGAAAAUUACUUGGAGGAAUUAAGCAAUUACACAACAACAAAAGUGACAAAAGAGAUCGGUCGAUGCCGUCCGCUUUGGGAAAUUUUCCAGACGAUGCGUUUCUCCAUUUGUAAAUUAAUAGUAAAUCCAACAAAUGGAAUUUCCGUGUCGUGUUUUCUUUUGAUUUUGUUAUCCCUGGGCAUUGUACCCGUCGUAUUAAAUUUAGUCGAACAUUACCGGGACCUUAAUGAAGAACUAUUAACGUCUAUAACACAUAGACGCACCAGAGACGGGGUGAGAAUAGAUGAAGAGGGAUUGUGGGCUACCCCUUCUUCAGAAACCCCUCCAGAUGGUGAAAUGCGAAACGGCCAGAACGAACCCUCGACAUGGAUUACGCCUAGGCAAAGUAGCGAACCUUUACUACCACCGCUACCAAAGACGCCUAUUCCGUCAACUUCAAGAGCUCGCUCUCCCAAAAGGCUGGCUACAAUAGCGUCAAGGAUAUCAGCUGCUAGAGUGCCGCAGAUUCCCUCUAUAUCGAGAGCAAGGUCGCCAAAAAGAGGACGACAUGAGUCAUUCAAACUAAUAGAACCGAUUUGCUGGAAAUCAGGAUCACUCUCGCCAAGAAGUUGGCUUUGAAAUGACAUUUUCGUUUUAUUUAGAAAUUGACCUCAACAACCCAUUUAGCAAAAGUUUAAUUUGAACAUAAAUUAUUAUUUAUUUUAUGGUUCAUUUAUAUCACUGCAAUAUAAACAUUUUUAUAAUUUACGUGUUUAUUAAUUAUAAAUUUGAUUUAAUUUUUUGCUGCCGUUUUACAAAUAUGUAUGUAUUAAUUAGUAAUUAAAUAGGUAUACCUUCCCAUACAAAGUUUAAUGAUGUUGCUGUAAUGCUGCCAUACAAAUGCAAUUUUGUGUUCAACAAUUAAUUUAUUUAUAAAAAUAUUAAUUUGCGUAACAAAAAUAGAUUUAUUAUAAUAUAUAUUAU